GUCACAGAAAACCAGUGCAACUGCGCGUUUUUUUUUUGCAGCUUAUACUUCAUUUGACUGAAAGAUACUCGCAUUAAUAUUUUUUUCUUAUAUACCUGUAGUAGAAAAUAAUUAUUAGCACAUGAGCCUGUUCUGUGCUGGCAAUUGUCUUGAGGGCGAGUUUUGAACAAACAAACUGCCGGUUGAUUUUAGGCAAAGAUUGCGGAAACACCUUUCCAUUAUUAUUUACAGCCUCCAACCAGUUUUCAGCCUCCAGGGUAGUCAACUCGGAUCCGCCUUACAAGCCCUCGUUUGGAAAUGGAUAGCUUUUGAUGGUUCUUAAUUGAUUUUACUUUAUUUGCCUAACAGAACUGUGAAAUUCGACUCCGCGAAAACAUCGUUCUCAGAUUACUUUGGAUUAAAUUACGACAACAUAAUUACAUCUGCAGCUGAACUAACUUUUUACGAAUAUUCAUUUGAAAAGUAUUUUCCGUUUGAAAAAAAAACGGGCUAUCACUAGAAACUUACUGAUAUUAACCACGCCUCUGCCUUUUGCGCAUAAUUAAAUUAUUAUUGUUCUGUUCUGACGUAUUUUUAUUCUAUGUUACUUUUAGAAGCCUGGUCAGACGAAUUAGGCUAUAAAAUUAUAUAUUCGCUAUAAUAACCACGUAGUCAUUCUUUUGCAGUCUCAAUAACAUUGUCUAAGGACAGUCUGAAAACAAUUACCAUUACUUCGAAAAGCAAAAAAUCAACGGCAGCGUUUGUUCAUUUCUAGACCAACAUAUUUUCGAGAAAAAAAACGACAUUCAACAUAAUUUUUUUUGAAUAAAAUUAAUUCUUUUAUUCAAAAUGAAAGCUGUGUUUCCGUCUGACUGUUUGAGUUGGAUUAAAUUGCCGGUGUUAAUGUUAUUACUGCUGGUCGUCUUUCUGAGUCAGCCAGCUCCAGUGGUUUCCAGUGGCAAUGUGACUGACGCCACUGAGUGUACUACUAGCAGUGGGGGUUGUAACAAAGACAAGGACGGAAUUCUGCUCCCUGUCUGGCGUCCUUUCGGGCCCUCCACUGGUCAGAAGGUACUGAGGGGGGCUGUGUAUCUGCUAGCACUGUGUUACAUGUUCCUAGGAGUAGCGAUAGUGGCGGAUAAGUUCAUGGCUGCAAUUGAAGUUAUAACCUCAAAAGAAAAAGAAGUGAUUUAUACGAAUGCGGAGACAGGCGAGAAACACGUGGUGAGUGUGCGAAUAUGGAACGAGACUGUGUCCAACCUGACCCUCAUGGCCCUGGGGUCCUCCGCCCCCGAGAUUCUCUUGUCAUGCAUCGAAAUUGUCGGCAGCGAGUUCCAGGCGGGAGACCUCGGACCAGGAACCAUUGUCGGAUCCGCCGCCUUCAACCUGUUCGUUAUCAUCGCCAUUUGCGUGAUUGUAAUUCCGAAUGGUGAAGUGCGUCGCAUUGAACAUCUAAGAGUGUUCGUCUGCACCGCUACGUCUAGUGUUCUAGCUUAUAUUUGGUUAUAUUUAAUAAUCGCGGUUAUUACUCCGGAAAAAGUGGAUGUCUGGGAAGCAGUCAUUACUUUUGCAUUCUUCCCACUGCUUGUUGGCCUUGCUUAUAUUGCAGACAAACGACUCAUACAUAAAAUCAUUUUCGGUAAACGUUACUCAGCUGAAAAAAUUGAAAAAUUUGACGACCACGAUAUGGAAAUGGCUGAAAAAAAUGGGUCCUCUGAUAAAAACGACAAUAAUUACAUGAAAAACGACAAAGUGAACAAAAACUCAAAUCAUGCCUCAAACUCAAGGUUAACUGACUCGAAUAUUGAACAAUAUAGCGCGCAAGAAGAGAACAAACGAGACUACAUUAAAAAACUAGAAGAGGUGCGAAAACAAAACCCCGACUGGUCUGACUCCAGAGUUUCACAGCAAGCCGCGCUGGACAUUUUAGCCCACCAGAAGAAAAGUCGGGCUUACUACCGGGUGGCGACCACACGCAAAAUGACUGGUGGUGGAAAUAUAGUCAAAAAGAAUCUGGAAAAACGAACUUUCGAGCGGGAAAACGAGUUAAACGUGGUUAUUGAAAACAUCGAAAAUUUUUCUCGGGUUGCUUUUGAACCGCCAAAUUAUACAGUUAUGGAAAACGUCGGAAGUUUCGAUAUAAAUGUCCAGAGAAUCCCAGGAGAAGAGGACAAAAAUUUGGAUUUCUACACUUACGUUGAUUACAAAACAGUCGAGGGCUCGGCCAAAAGGGACACUGAUUUUAAAUAUCAAGAAGGAACUUUAGUAUUUGAGCCUAAACAGGAUUCAAAAACUAUUGCAAUUGAAAUAAUAGACGACGAAGAUUUUGAAGAAGACGAGCACUUCAAGGUCAUUUUGUCUAACAUUCGCAAUUCGCGAGAAAAAGAUGGCCCAAAUCAAAAAGAUUUCGGUUGCCAACUUAGCAACGAAUGCCGUGAAGCUGUCGUCACUAUUCUAGAUGAUGAUCAUCAAGGGGUGUUCGGGUUUGAAUCCGAAAUGAUACAGGUCCAUGAAAACAUGUCGGAAACAGAGAUAAAAGUGAGCAGGCAAACCGGCGCCCGAGGCGAAAUUCACGUACCCUAUAAGACUAUAGAGGGUUCAGCUAAGGAGGGGGUUGAUUUUGAAAAGGCAAUUGGGGAGGUUGUAUUUGCCGACAACGAAACAGAGGCGACUCUCAAAAUCCGAAUCAAAGACAAGGAAGAAUAUUCUAGAAACGAGACAUUUGGUGUCGAACUGGGAAUUCCAAAGCGUGUCAAGUCUAAAGAAGGAAGUAUAUACGUGUACGAAGAUGAUUUCGAGACAGACGAGACGAAAAUAAGUGAGAGUGAAAAGAUUGCCUUAAAAGGAAGGCCGAAGCUCGGAAGUGUGAGCAAGUGCUGGGUGACGAUUGUUCCGAGCAGGGAAAUGAAAAGUGUGGUGGAUCGGUUGAUGAGGGACACUAACAUGGGACAGGUGCUGAGUAGCAAUAGCUGGAAGGACCAGUUUCUGGAAGCAAUCACCAUCUCUCCCUCCGGAGAUGACGAAGAUGGGGCAAAUGUUGGCUCCGACGAUUGCGCAGAUGAUGCCGACAGUCCUCCCAAGACACCUUCGAUACUCGAUUACGUCAUGCACUUCCUCACUGUAUUCUGGAAAGUCCUGUUCGCUUUCAUCCCCCCAACCGACAUCGCGGGGGGUUACGCUUGCUUUGUAGUGUCCAUAAUAGCCAUAGGGUUCAUGACGGCCGUCAUCGGAGAUUUGGCCAGUCACUUUGGAUGCACUGUCGGACUCAAAGACGCCGUCACUGCAAUUUCCCUAGUCGCCCUUGGAACCAGUCUCCCAGAUACCUUCGCCUCCAAAACCGCGGCUUGUGGGGACGAAAACGCCGACGCUUCGGUCGGAAACGUCACAGGAUCAAACGCCGUAAAUGUCUUCUUAGGAAUCGGAGUUGCCUGGUCAAUUGCCGCCAUUUACCACGAGAUCAAAGGCACAGAGGGUGGGUUCCACGUAGACCCUGGAAGUCUGGGGUUCUCAGUGACCGUUUACUGCGUUCUGGCUGUGAUAUGUCUGGCAACUCUUUUCCUAAGACGCUUUAUCAAGAGUAUUGGGGCUGAACUUGGAGGUCCAGUUGUGGCCAAAUACGUGACCGGACUGUUUUUCAUUUCCCUUUGGUUGACUUAUUUAGUGCUCUCUUCCCUUGUGUCUUACUGUGUAAUAGAGGGAUUUUGAGCGGAUCAAAACUUUAAUUUGUAUUAAAAAUUGGUAUUUCUUCGUAUCUUCAGCUAUAUUUCUAUUCAUAACGUGAAUAAUUAUUUGUGUAUAGAAAUAACUUUUGUGGUAUGAAGUCUUCUACAGAUUCAAACUGAUAUAAUUUUGUGACCCAUUUUGCCUGCAAGCUUC